CGCCUGCUCGUAUUGUCCCUGUCGGUGGAACUAGCUACUUUUGUGUUAUAACCAACUUUUCUAAGUCGUUUUAUGCACUUUUUCGACUUCUUUGGGAGUAAAUCUUUCUGUGACGUGUUGUUGGAUGUUUUAAGUUUCUUUUGAGAGGCGUUUGAGAUCGUAAAAGUGUAAAAAGCGUGUUAAAAAGGUCGAGACACAGAUGGAGGAUCAGGAGACUCUGAAGUUUGAGUCUCUUCAGGAUGAACUGGAAUACUGGAAAGAACAAGCUGCAAAACACCAGCAAAUAGCUGAGGAGGCACAGUUGGAGUUAUCCGAGUUUCAGCAGAUGAGUCGAGAUUACGAGUCGGAGUUGGAGACUGAGCUCAAACAGUGUGAAACCCGCAACAAAGAACUGUUGUCCCUAAACCAGCGCCUCAGAAUGGAGCUCGACAACUACAAGGAAAAGUACGAGGUGCAGCACUCGGAGGCCUUCAGGCAGAUCUCAGAGCUGGAGUCGGAGCUGUCUCAGACCUCAGCUGUGAAAGAGCAGCUUCAGAGGUACAUCAGAGAACUGGAACAGGCCAACGACGACCUGGAGAGAGCCAAGAGAGCCACCAUCAUGUCCUUGGAAGAUUUCGAGCAGCGGAUGAACCAGGUCAUCGAGAGGAAUGCAUUCUUGGAGAGCGAACUUGAUGAGAAGGAAAACCUGCUGGAGUCAGUGCAGAGGCUCAAAGACGAGGCCCGAGACCUGAGACAGGAGCUGGCAGUUCAGCAGAAACAAGAGCGGAAACCAUCUUUGAGCUCUGUGUCCACUCCCCCCCUUACCCCGGACAGGAGGAGGGAGGAGAUGAGGAGGGAGGAGAUGAGGAGAGAGGAGACGAGGCUGGAGGAGCAGACAGAAAAUCUACCAACAGACACAACACCAACCAAAGCUAAUGCUGCUGAUGCUUCUGCAACAACACCUGCUGCCAGUAAGGCAGAGGCGGUGAGUGGAAGUGGGACUCCGUUCACAACAUCAGCGAGGAUCUCUGCUCUCAACAUCGUGGGAGAGCUGCUCAGGAAAGUCGGGAACCUAGAGUCUCGUCUGGCCUCCUGUCGAGAGUAUGUGCAUGAGCAGAGCCACAGGGGCGCACGUGGGGCUUCAGCGAGAGGCAGACAGAACUCAGACAGCGGCCAAUACAACAAGAGUUUGGUGAAGAAGCUGGACUUUGGCUCUGGUUCGAAGGUGUUGCUCUGAAAACGUUUACCUUUAAUGGUACUUACUGCUGCUUCUGGACACUGCCAACAGACUGCAUUAAAUAACUGGACUCGCACUUGCACUUAAAUUCAUUCUUUACAGUGUUGAUGAAGCUGUUGAAACACAGUGAAAUCAAAAUAUUUAUAUCUGAGUAGCAUUGACUUGUUUAGAUGUAUGUGUUGGCCUAGAUUAUUUGACUUUAAGGUGCACUAUGUAACUUUUCUGGUAUGGGGGGGCCACUACCUGCUUGUUGUCAUGGAGAUGCUAUUGCUUAACCUUGAAUAUUACACAGUAUGACAUUAAACUAAUCUUCUGUUGGGUGUUUUUGAUGCUAAACAAAAACACAUUGAAAAACAUGCAUUCUUACUGUGAGUGGGCUCGACUCUCCACAGAGCUCACCUGUAACAAGCAGGUUUAAUGGCAUUCUGUGGAACAUUUCAGGCAAAGCAAUAACAUGGAGACAAGCAGGUGAAGGACCCCCCAUUAGAAAAGUUACGUAGUGGAGCUUUUAAUGUUUUGGCUAUUCAUUUUGUUGUAGUAUCUGAUAGUUUGAAAAUUGUUCUUGAAAUGACCUCUUAAAUGUUUUGCUCUUUUACCUCAUUGGCUGAAACCAGUUCUAUUUGUGGCAUAAUCCAGGUCAUCAUAUAAAUACAUCAAAUACAUUUAAAGGUGCACUGUGUAAAUCUUCCAAUGGGACUUUACAUUGGAAAACUGUCGCCUCUUUCCAUAACUGCUGCUGUCGGGCUCAUCAUUUUGCUCUUAAAAUGUUCAUAUCAACCCGCUUUACAUGAUUCUGGUGUUUUUAUUUCAGUAUUGUCUCCGUAACUCAAGUUAUGAACUUUAAUAUCAGACAAAUCAGGCGUCUUAUUUCCCCGAAGUCGCUCCCCGCUAGUAUUAGCAACAGGUUUGAUUGACAGCGUUGCUAAGACCCCGCUCCGUUCUAAACCAGUGGUGUGGGAGGGAAGGGGCGUUUCCUUAAACCGCCUCGCGUUUGGAUUGCUCUCGACUCUCGGUUGUUGCGGUUGGAAUUCCAAAUAUGAAACUCGGCCCCAAACUCUCCCCUAUAACUGCCUAGCCUUGAUGAACUUCAUUUGACUGGAGCUGAAUGCUAUGUUUGACGUCACACUCCCGUAGUUCGCUUCUUACAGUCGAUGGUGGCGGGUCUGUCACCUGCUUGUCCUGUGAAAAUGUUGUCACUUUGCCUGGAAAGUUCCAAGGUUUAAACAUUUUUUAAAAAACAUUUUUAUUGCUUCUGUUUUUGCCGUGGGCGACAGUAGCUCAGUUGGUAAAGUGUUUGUCCACUGAUUCGAAAGUUGGCAGUCCGCUCUCGACGUAAAUAUUUAUCGGUUCAGCGGUCAGAUCCAUUGACCCACUGCAUUGGUGGUUCAUUGAUGUAAAGAUUGUGCCUUUAGUGUAAAAGUGCUGUAUAAAAACGUGACCAUUUACAUUUACCAGAGUGUGGAGUGUUUCAGGGCAAAGUGACGUCUCCCUACCCCUCGUCCCACUACAAUACUUACCCAGUGCCCCUUUAAACUAGUCAAAACUGUAUUAAAAUAUUCUGAAUUCACAUUAUUUUUGUGUUUUUGUUUUGUUUUUUUUGGAGUGUAACCGUCCCAGUUAUAUUUUAAAAACUGAACUGCCUUAUCCACAAAUGACACUGGAAAUGAAUGGACUUGUGCUGCAUCGUCGAUAAUGAUGCAAAUUGAAGGGACUUUAGAAUAACUAGAAUAUUUUUGUUUUGUUGUUGUUGUUUUUUUUUUAUGAACGAAUGUUACCAAAACAGGACUGAACUUUUGACAAAAUGCACAUUUAUUUUGCUAUAUGUGGGUGGAGUUUAUAUGUAGGAGCUUAUUGUCAAAUGAGAAACAUGGGUAUUAUUAGGGCUGUAAUCUGAUGUGUUUGGAUUUGUUUUUAAAAUGUGCACUAUGUAACUUUUCUAUAGUGGAGGAGCUUGCCUGCUUGCCUCCAUGAUGUUGUUGCAUUGCCAGAAAUGGUCCGCAGUGUGGCAUUCAACUCGUUUCCAUGGAGACCAGCAGGUGACACCUCCAGGCCAAGUGACAGGUCAGAUCUUUGGAGUGGUGAACCCCCCCCCCUCUCACAGUAAGAAAAGCAUGUAAUUUCAGCAUUAAAAAUACUUGCAAUUGACAAAAUGCAAGAUGAAAAAGUUAAUCAUUUUAAUGCUGUACUGUGGAAAAUUCAUGGCAAAGCAAAAUGAUUUCCUUGGAUACUAGAGUGCACCAUUAAAACAAAGAUUAAGUUAAAGGGCCCAUAUUACGCUACUUUCUGACCUGUUAUAAUGUUGUUUCCUCAUCAAAAACUUACAUUGAGUUGUGUUUUAUUUCAUUCACACGCACUGUUCCACCUUGUGAUGUCAUGUGGUAAUCCAGGAAGUGCUCCAGUGUGUUUUUAAACUCCAUAGAUCUUCACUAGAAUCAUUUUGAUAAUUUGAGCGUCAGAAUUGCCAGUCUUUACUGAACUAAAUGUAAAAGGUAACUUGAAAUCCACCACUUCAUGACAUCACAAGGUCAAACAGAGAAUUUUGAGUUUUGGAGAUGUAUGCAUGAAACAAAACACAACUCCAGGUAUGUUUUUGAGGAGGUAACAACAUUUUGACAUGACUUAAAGCUCACUAGAGUCUAUUUUGCGUAACAUAGGACCUUUUUAACAGUAAGGACUUACAUCUUACAUCUCGAGAACAUAAACAUUUGAGAAAUAUGAGCUGCUAAACUAAAACAAUGCCAUGCUUUACAGAACGUGUCUAAACUACAAGGUUGACAGGUUUCACACGGUUACAGGAGAUGGUUUAUGUGGUGAAUAUGAGAUUUAACUGUUGCGUUUUGCCUUUAAAAUUACCAAAUGUGCCGUAAUAAACUUUUGAAUAAAAUAAUGUUCG